AUGACUUCAAGACGGCAAAAAGUCUUCUAUAGACUAAAACAACGUUCACCUGAAUAUGCCGCUGGCUUUUUUUCAUCUGCAACAAAUAUUCUACUAACUUAUCCAGUUAAUAAAUUAAUUUUUCGACAACAAAUCUAUCGUCUUCAAACCGUUCAAGCAUUUCAACAAUUAAAAGAUGAAGGUUUUCUUAUUCUAUAUCGUGGUAUGGCAUUGCCUUUGUUACAAAAAACAUUUUCUUUAAGUAUUAUGUUUGGUGCUAAUGCACAUUAUUUACAUAUAUUACGAUCACCUUCAAAAAACGAUCAUUGGUUUUAUCAACCGAUUGCUUCAGCAUUAGCCGGUGCCACCGAAGCUGUUUUAACACCUUUAGAACGAACACAAGUAUUACUUCAAACACCUAAAUAUAAUAACAGUAUUCGUAAUGGUUUACAUGCAUUCAUAUUAAUGUAUAAACAUUAUGGUAUCAUAGAAUAUUAUCGUGGUAUAACAUUAAUUCUCAUACGUAACAGUGUGUCAAAUAUAAUAUUUUUUGCAUGUCGAAAACCUGUAAAAGACAUGCUACCAACAGCUUCAACUAAUUUGCAACAUUCGAUGUAUGAUUUUUUAAGUGGUGGCCUAUUAGGUGCUUUUUUGUCGACAUUUACUUAUCCGAUAAAUGUUUUAAAAAAUAUUCAACAAUCGGAGCUUGGUGGUCGGCACGAUCGACCAUUACAAAUACUUCGCUAUGUUUAUGAACAACGAGGGAAUUCUAUAAAAGAAUUUUAUAUUGGCGCAAAAUGGAAUUUCAUUCGAAGUCUUGUUUCAUGGGGAAUUAUAAAUAGUACAUAUGAGUAUUAUUUAACAACGUUACAGAAAGCUAUUCUGGAUGAUGAUUAA